CGACAGCGUGACGUGCGGUACGGAUAGGAUUACGUUCCGUGCGGCCAUUUAACCUCUUUUAUUUAAUAAUUACAAAGUGCAUUUUACUGUUUGUGAAUUAAAAUGGAUAUUUUUGAAAAUGAUGAUGUGUUGCACACAUUCCGAGAAGACAUAGAAGAUAUAAGGAAUUUCAGGAACGGUAUAGGGAGAAAUAGGAAACGAAAAGUGUACAAUACAAGAGCGAAUCCAAUGGAAGAAUUGAGUGAAGAAGACUUUAAAAAACGCUACAGAUUCAGCAAAGAAAAUAUGGAAAAAAUUAUUAAUAUUUUGAGAAAUGAUUUAUCCAUGGAUAACCGGGGUGGCAGUAUAUCUGUGGAGUUGCAAGUAAUGGCAGUUAUCAGAUACUGGGGCCGACACGAGAUUCAAGAAGACUGUGCCGAACUCCAUGGUAUGAGCCAGCAGACAUUAUCAAAAAUGUGUAAAAGAGUUGCUAUAGCAUUGGCUUCAAAAAGUUCCAUUUAUAUCAAAAUGCCUUUAAAUUUAAGAGAAGAGACAGAAACCAUUACAAAAUUUCAAUCGAUUUGUGGAUUUCCACAUAUUAUUGGAGCAAUAGAUUGCACUCAUAUUAAAAUAAGAAAAGUUUCAGGAGAUGCUGGUCAGUACUAUGUGAACCGGAAAGGUCACUAUUCAAUAAACACUCAAGUUGUCUGCAAUGCAGAUUUAAAGAUUUGCGAUAUUGUUUGCCACUGGAGAGGCAGCACUCAUGAUGCAAGAAUCUGGCGUGAGAGUUCCAUAAAAAGGAGAUUCCAAGAUAAUGAAUUUAAGGGAAAACUCAUAGGAGACAGUGGUUACUCUUGUACUCCUCACUUACUCACCCCAGUUUUAAGGCCAAGAACUGAAUCAGAACAGCAAUACAACUAUAGCCACAUUCGCACAAGAAAUGUUAUAGAAAGAUGUUUUGGUGUGUUAAAACAACGAUUUCGAAUACUUCUUGAAGUUAUGAGAGGAUCUUACAGUACAAUCAAAACUACAAUUGUAGCAUGUGCAGUAUUGCAUAAUUUAGCAAUAGAAUUUAAAGAGUUGUUAGAUUAUGGUAUGCCAUAA